AAUAUUAUAUACGAGGGACGGAAGGAGGCAUAUAGUUACAAAAUUGCAGAGCGACAGAGAAAGCGAGAGAGAUGUCUUCCGGCGUCCGGGAGAGAGAGAGGGUGUUUGUGGAGCACUGUAAGGGCGCGAAUGGUCUUGACAAGGUUGUUCUCAGAGAGGUUCGAGGCUCCUCCGCGGAGGUAUAUUUGUAUGGGGGUCAAGUUACAUCAUGGAGAAAUGAAUAUGGGGAAGAUUUGCUUUUCGUUAGUAGCAAGGCUACUUAUAAGUCUCCUAAGGCUAUCCGUGGCGGAAUCCCAAUAUGUUUUCCUCAAUUUGGAAGUCAUGGUUCUCUUGAACAACAUGGAUUUGCAAGGAAUAGGCUUUGGAGUAUUGAUCACAAUCCCCCGCCUUUCCCAACAAACAGCGGUAACAAGGCUUUCAUUGAUUUAAUCCUCAAACCUUCUGAAGAGGAUGCAAAGAUCUGGCCUCAUAGAUAUGAAUUUCGCCUUAGGGUAACUUUGGGACCAGGAGGGGAUUUGAUGUUGACUUCUCGCAUCCGAAAUACAAACACUGAUGGAAAGUCGUUUACAUUCACAUUUGCCUAUCACACCUAUCUGGCUGUAACUGAUAUCAGUGAAGUGCGGGUAGAAGGACUGGAGACACGGGAUUAUCUGGAUAACCUGAAGAAUAGAGAGCGAUUUACUGAGCAAGGGGAUGCAAUAACAUUUGAGUCUGAGGUGGACAAAGUUUAUCUCAGCACGCCUACAAAAAUUGCUAUUCUGGACCAUGAAAGGAAGAGAACAUUUGUGUUACGGAAGGACGGGCUUCCAGAUGCUGUUGUCUGGAAUCCGUGGGAUAAGAAAGCAAAGGCAAUUACUGAUUUGGGGGAUGAUGAGUACAAGCAUAUGCUGUGUGUCCAGGCUGCUUGUGUGGAAAAGCCUAUUACUUUGAAACCUGGUGAAGAAUGGAGAGGAAGGCAGGAACUGUCUGCUGUCCCUUCCAGUUACUGCAGUGGACAACUUGACCCACGGAAGGUACUGCUAGGCGGUUCAUGAUGAGCUAUUUUGAUACAUCUAUUGUACAGGCAUUGCAGGCACAAUUUGCAUUCGAGGUUUGGCAUGAUUUUUCGGUUGGAUGGCAGAUUCAUUACAAAGCCGAAUCUGUCUACAAGGAGUUUCAUCGGAUAUUUGAUUAAUGCAAGAACACGAAGGUCAGUUAAAGAAAAUUUAGUUAAUUAUUUGUACAUCUAUAGGGACUCUCUACCAAAGAAACAAAGAGGAGAAAGCAGAAGGCAUUUUCGCUCCCCCUUUGUUUUCUGGCCUUUCACAAUACUCCUUUUAAUCGAAUUAUAAACCGAGAUGAUUGUAUUCUUUUCUGUCGAUGAGUAUUUUGUCCGCAUUGAACGAUGGUUCUUGUAAUUCUCUUUAUCUUUGGAAGCGUAACGUUACCGAACA